AUGACACCAAAGCCAAACGCAUCGAAAUUUAUGCAAAUUUUUGGUUUAGCCACACCAUCAUCACCCUUCGAUAAAAUCCGGGGCGAGCUCGUUAUUGGGGAUGAGAUAAAUAUAUCUAACCUCCCUGCGAGCUAUGUGCGCCUGGCCAAACUUUCCGAUGGCUCUGUUCUAGCCGGAUUUACCACCGAUGAGGGAGGGGUCAAAGUGAUAAAAACAUCCAAGCGCACAAAUGGUGAUAAAGGGUUUUUACCCUUCGGAGAAAUAACUCGAGGUGACUGGGACAUCGGCAACAUAUACCUGCUUGAGGUGGCACCUUCUGUCGUCCUCGGAGCAUUCCGAAACCAUACCAGCAUCGGCCCCAACCUGAUACACUCACGCAUCACCGUCUGCAAGUCAACGAAUGGCGGGAAAGACUGGAAAUUUGCGUCCCAAGCAUUUGAGAUGGAUGGGAACUUGGGCGCCUGGGAGCCAUUUAUGAGACUUGCUGAAAAUAACCCGAAUGAAAUCCAAUUGACCUACUCGCAAGAGUUUGCGGCGAAUGAACAACGGACGAUGCUCGUCUCGUCAACCGACCGGGGCGAUACCUGGUCAACUCCGAAAGCCGUCUCUUGGAAGCCAAAACAACGAGACGGGAUGACAGGGGUCGCGAAAACGAAAGACGGCAACCGGGAUGCCCUUGUCAUGGUCUUUGAAACAACGGAUAACGUGCCAUUCUUCAAUGUCAAAGCCGUUAUAUCUUAUGAUGACGGAGCCAGCUGGUGCCAUCGGCAGGACGUGCAGGCGGCUCCAAUAGGGAAAAAUGCCGGAGCACCACAAAUAGCCUCCUUUGCCGAUGGAUCUUUGGUAGUUGUGUAUAUGGCAGAUGAAGACAUCGAGGGCAGCUGGCCGCAUAAGGCAAACAUUAAAGCGACGUUUUCAGGUCCGCCAAAGGAUGGGAAGAUGUGCUGGAGUCCUCCCCAAGUUGUUAAGGAGGCAGAUGCUUUUUGGCCUGGUGCAUUACAAUUUGAAGAUAGCACCGUCAUGGUUUCGUACGAUGCUGAUGGAGCGCGAGCAAAAACUAUCCGCUUGAAUUCACUCUGGUCCAUGGCAGGGCAGUGCUUUUGCGGAGGCUGUGAAUAG